CUACAGCAUGGGAGUAAAGCGAAGCCUUCAGAGUGGAGGCGUUCUGCUCAGCCUCUUGACCAACGUCCUCACGGUGCUGUCCACUGCCACCAACUACUGGAUCCGCCAACAUGGGGGCCACAGUGGCCUGUGGCAGGAGUGUGCCCAGGGCAUCUGCUACAACAUCCCCUGCCAGACCAUGCUGGCCAUGACCGGAGCGUGCAUGGUGCUAGCGGGCGGCUUCGGCCUGGUGGCCAUGGCGAUGGGGCUGCGGAUUUGGUGCCACCAGGGAGAAUCGCUGCGGGGCCAGACUACCUGCGGCUUGCUCUUCCUCAGCGGGCUGCUGCUGCUGACCGCCUUGGUAGGCUACACAGUGAAGAAUGCGUGGAAGUCGGACAUCUUCUUCUCCUGGUCCUAUUUUUCCGGGUGGCUGGCUUUCCCCUUCUCUAUUCUCGCGGGUUUCUGCUUUCUGCUGGCGGACAUGAUCGUGCAGGGCACCGAGGCCAUCAGCGGAUUCCCCGUGUGCCUGUGA